AUGCCGAGGACGCUGGAUUCGAAAACCAUUGAGGAAUACCUCCAAGUACUGGACCAGUCUGAGGAUGACAUGGAUUCUUCAGGAGGGGAGGAGGCAGAUGAAGAAAUUUAUUAUGAGAAUAAUCGACAGUUAUUGGCAGAUUUGAUAAAUGAAGUGGAUGCUGAGGACGUAGAUUUUUCUGUGGAAGAUACUAGUGAUAAUCCGCCACUUAUUAUUGAUAAUGCUGAUGAGUCAUCAUUGGAAAACGAGAGCGAGGAGCCACAGAAUCACCAAACUGUUGCCUCUCGUCAACGGUACGGCCGCGUGACUUGGAGACGCACAAAUCUCACCACUAUUCAAAACAUUCAAAAUUUUCCUCAAAGUAUACAGUACCCAAAUAAAAUCUUAGAAUUAUCGACGCCAUACCAAUUUUUCUCAUAUUUCUUCACCCAAGAACUGAGAGAUAAAAUCCAGACAGAAAGUAAUUUGUACGCUACCCAGAAAAAUCUAUCUAAUCCAUUUGUUAUCUCUAGAAAUGAUCUGAAUAAGUUCCUAGGAAUUCUUAUUUAUUCUUCUAUUGUAAAAAACCCUAACUUUCGGUUGUACUGGUCAGAUCAAUAUGGUUAUGAACCCAUAAAAUCCACAAUGACUCAAAAACAUUUUGAGAAAAUUUGUUCUGUUUUACAUUUCAAUGACAAUACAACUCAUUUACCUCAGGACCACCCCAAUCAUGAUCGGUUGCACAAGAUUCGGCCCGUAAUUGAUGAGUUAAAUACCAGAUAUGCUACAGUACCUUUGGAGCAACGAUUAUCGUUAGACGAACAAAUGUGUGCUACCAAAAUGGGUCACUAUAUGAAACAGUACCUUCCGAACAAGCCACAUAAAUGGGGGUUCAAGCUGUUCUUGAUCUGCAGCAUAUAUGGAUUUGUGCACAAAUUUGAGGUGUAUUCUGGCAGUGAGAAACAUCUCCAUAUAAACGGCGAACCAGAUUUGGGGCCUACUGGCAACACCGUUGUACGGCUAGCACGGAUUGUUCCAAGACGUGCUAAUCAUAUAAUUUAUUUUGAUAAUUUCUACACAUCUAUCCCCUUGGUUACGUACCUUGCAAAAGAAGGAAUCUACUGCUUAGGAACCAUCCAAUCAAAUCGAAUCCCAAAUAACAAACUGCCAGAUAAGAAAACUUUGAUGAAGAAAACAGUACCAAGAGGACACUAUGAGGAGCAGGUUGCCAAUGUUGAUGGUGUCGAUAUCAGUGCUGUAAUCUGGAAGGAUAAUAGACCAGUUACUUUGCUUUCAACGUAUACCGGGUCCUUGCCAAUAACCACUAUUUCUAGAUAUGAUAAAGUGACGAAACAAAGAGUACAAAUAAAUUGUCCACAAGUAAUAAAAGAUUAUAAUUCUCAUAUGGGAGGCGUAGAUCUGCUUGAUAGUUUUAUUGGAAGGUAUCAUAUUACACGCAAAAGCAGAAAAUGGACAAACCGCCUGUUUUUCCAUCUUCUAGACAUGACCAUUAUAAACUCCUGGCUAUUAUAUAAAAGAACUCUCAAACAGGUCAACUCAACCACAAAGCCUAUGAACCUGUGUAAUUACAGGCUUGAGUUGGCAAAUGCCUUAUGUAAUCUCAGUCCACAGGCCAAUGGUAAUAAAAGGGGCCGGCCAAGCUCUUCUUCUUUAGAAGCAGAUUUUCAGCUGAAAAAAAAGCGUGGGCCUGCACAAAGUAUGCCUCCUAAAGAUGUCCGCCAAGAUAAAACGGGCCACUGGCAGAAAUGGGGUGAUCGAUCAAGGUGCAAAUAUCCUCACUGCAAGGGUUAUACAUACACAUAUUGUGAAAAAUGUAGAGUAAGUUUAUGCUAUAAUAGAGAUAAUAACUGUUUUUAUAAAUUUCACCACGAUUAA